AUGGCACUCUGUUGUAGUGACUGGCUAUUUUGCUUUUGUGUGGGUGUGCGCAUGUUGAGGUGUGAAGACCUUGGGGGAGAGGCGAUGGAGGCCGGUCUUCGGUGGCAGAGACACCGAACAGACCGUCUGUACUCUGCCGAUGACAUGUACACGAUUCGGCAGAGGGAAGAUGAGCCCCUACGGGAAUACACAGCACGCUUCAAUCACGAAUACUCGAGGUGUCUGGAAACGGACGAUAGGGCAGCCUAUGGCGCCUUCAAGAGUGGCCUUCGGUCCUUUCACUUUCGAUACCUUGUGCACAGUAAUAACUGGCGUACCUAUGAUGAACUGAUGAAGCAAGCGGCAAUUCACGCCAAGGCAGAAUAUUUCAACUCAAAGUUCGGGCCUUCGGCUCGGCAGGAGGAGCCAGCCUUGAAAAGUUGUCCUGGACAAGGAUCACCGUAUGCCCCCAGAAGAACUGACGAACCCUCGGCAGGGCACAAACGGAAGGAUGACCACGACAAUCGGCAGGGUGGCUCUAAGAAAAGACGAGGAAAAUACGGUCGCAAUGACCACCGUGCGCCCCUACCGAAUCAAGACCGGGCCUAG